UCAGAUCGACCCGGAAAAAAAUUUUUCUUAUAGAAUGUGGCCUGUAGAAUUCAUAAUUUCAAACAGUUCCAAGAUUGGGCUACUAGUUCAAAAGAAAAAUGAGAUAACCAGGGUGAUGGAUGUGUUAAACAGGCUUCGCACUUGGUGGUCUACUCAAACUCUCCAGUACGACUCGAUAAGAGGCUCCAUCUACCACGGACUGGGAAGUACUCAAGAUCGCUGAGCACAGGUAUAAGGACCAUAUUCGAAGGUCUAAACAAGGAUCAUGGAGAACUUUCUGUGGUAAAAUGGAAGUUCAAACACUCCGUAAGAUACUUACCUACCUAAUUUUGAAAAUCCCUUGGGCAAAAAGUGGGGACACUGAGGUUUCCCUGCGGCAGGGGCUCUCACAUUUUUCCUGGAAACGCAGUUCCAAGGCUCUGGGGACUAAAUAAUUUCGGACCCACCUAUCCGCCGCGUUGGUAUAAGGCCGAUCGACUGGAAAGUAGCUGUCCGGGUGGUUACCGACGGACCUCUGAUAUGACUUAGUGUGUCUUGCACACUUGUCGGCGAUGUGGGUAUGGUCGACGAAGUGGGCAUUGUCGGCGUUGGUCCCGUCGACGAUGUGGGGACUGUCGGCGGACGGCGUGGUGUCCGUCGGCGUAGUGUCCCUAGUUAGCGUCUACGUAGCUGAAAAACAGUAGCAGCCUUUCUUAUAUCCUUAAGAACAUGUGUACCUAAUCUCAUUUUAGAUAAAUUCAUGAUUUUAGUCAUUUGCAAAGCGAUCUGACGUUCCUAAACAAAGUCAUCGGUGCACACGGACAAAGAGUCGGACAGACAGACAGCGAAACAAAAUUAUAAACGAUCUCGAAGAUCGUUAAUAAAACUAUGCACAUUUCAUGUCUGCUUAUGUUUGUGAAUCUAUGGAACAAGGGGGAUUUUCGAAAAUUCAACAUCUGCAUUUUACGUGUUCUACAAUCACACAAGAAAAUCCGCAGUUUGGGUAUUAGGAAAACAUAAAUAAAAGGAAUACAUUUUAUUGCAUUUGAAAGUUUAGUGUCGCUAGCGACCUCUGUUGCGAUAUACAUUUAACUAAAAUUAAAUUCCUUUAACUAAUUAAUCUACUAUACGCCCACUAGAUGUCAGCACUCACAAUUCAUAUAAUUCAUAACCUCAAAUUUUUAAUAAAUAAAAAUAUAACCAAACAUAUUUUUACUAUUUCUAAACAAAUAGCAAUGAACGUUGAGAAAUUACAAAAAAGCUUGUCACAAAUUCGCUAUAUUCACGAACGCAGAUCACAUGGAAGCCUGAAUUUAUACUCACUGUUUGAGACCAUUGUCACGGCACAGCCCUUGGAAGUAAAUCGAAGCAAAAUGGAAUCCAUUCUUAAUUGUGAUUUAAAAAUCAUUACAAAUUACUUGGACAGAAGGCUUGUUAGCGUCUUAUGCGAGGCCCUUGCUUACUAUACAAGCAUGUGGCCCGGUUGGUUACACCUCACCACCGACUUACCCCUCCAAGAGUCAUUAGAGUUUGAACAAUUUCGACAGCACCUUAUUAAUAAAUGCAACCACAUUUUGCAACACGCAUCGGAACACUACGAUAACAAAACCUUGCUCGAUAAAGGAACGCAGACUGACAGCCUCAUCGGCAAAAAAGAGUUGGCUCCUUACGAUUUGGUAAUUGGCGGCACUCCAACUUUUAUAAACAACCUAGCUUUCACAAAGCGUGGCGACGAUAUCAUAGUGAAACAGCACACAGAAAGGCCCUGGAGAGAUCUAACCGUGCCCCAAUUUCUAAAUUGGCCUCACGUUUCUGUAUCAUUAAAACUACCCGAUAUUUCACUGACAAGAGCCAACAGACACAAAGUACAUCGUUACAUUGCACUUGACGGCGACACCGUAGUCUUCCCGGAGAUUCGUUUCAUAGAUUACAUCACGAAGAUCAAGCCCGGUGCCGACUUUAAACCGUACUCGUACCUAUUCUUCUUCUACUACUUCCUCCAGCUCAACAUCGUUCUACAAAAAAUACCAAAGGUGAGCCGCGAGCGGCUAAACGAGUUGGCGAUCAUUAGCGCCGAAUUUCUCAACGAUAUUAAGGAGAUGAGCGUUUGCAAUUCGACUAUGUCGACCCACACGAAGGUCGGCUUUAAUAUCGGAAAGUCUCACUAUAUCCGAAGUAAGAAGAUGGUCUCCAGAUCUAAACAAACUGCCGACGCGACCUCGCUUAAUUUUUACGAAGUUAUCAUACCGCAGGUGGACGUUUCGUUAAACCACUUCACGGCGGUGCAAGAUCAAAGUGAUUUGGUGAAUCAGCAAGUGACCUUUCAAAGUUUAAACGCACUGGCGAACAAGCUGAACGAUAGCUCAAAUCCGGAAUUAAACGAGUUGGCCGUUAUUAUAAAUAAUUCGAGUGUUUCUUAUGGCUGUGUACUUUGCGAUAAAUGUUUUGCCGGGCCCUCAGCGUAUACCUCUGUUGUAAAUCAUUUUAGGAAGACGCACAAGUCGGAACAGAUGGUUUUGUGUUAUACGUGCGGCGGGCAGUUUUAUGUAGAAGAUUUGACUGAUAAACGAUGGACGCACGAUUGUGUGCCUAAAUAAUGUUUUUAUCCAGUACUUACCAUUUUUGUAUUAUUUAUGUUACAGUUCAUUAUUUUUAGGAAAAUUGUUAUUUUGUAUGAUUGUGGUGUACAUAUCAUUUGUUUUGUAAAACUUAUUUUUGUAUUAAUCAAUACCUGUAAGAAUGCUGUA